AUGUACAUACUAUACCUUAGUACCCAACCUGCCAUCUGCCAUCUGCUACCGGCUCCGAUAUUCGAGACAACGUCCACCCCUCCCUGUCCACUUCCACCUGAACCAUCCCUCCUUCGCAUCCCCAAUCAAAUUUGGCACUCUGCACGCUGCAUACUAUGUACUGAUCGUCACUGGUUAGCAGUUAGAGAGAAGACACAGAGAGGGAUAGCCGGCAGCACAAUGAAGCCCUUUUGGUUUUCACCGUAA